CCCAUAAUGCUCGAGGAAGGCUUCAGUCGUCACAAAGACAAGGUACAGUGUUGGAAGAGGAGCGUACUUGCCAAGUGCGAGCGUAGGAGCCCGGCUAUAACGAGCGAGUGAUUGAGCAAAGGAGAGUGCAGAAGCAAAGAGAGCGAAAAGGUUAUAUCAGCAAAAAAAACGUGUCUUAAGAAUAUCAAAGAACGUGAAUAGGGUGCAGCAGUGCGCGUACAUAAAAGUGUCCGCGUACGUACGGUUCAGUGAGAUCACGGAAGCGUCUGUACAGAAAAGAAGUCAUAAGGAAGAUUGUGGAGGGUGAAGUAAAUAAAAUCGAAAGAGGUUAUACAUAUGUGCAUGCGUCUGCUCAAAUAAUAUCAAAAGAGCGAGGCCCUUCCGUGCGUCAGCUACGGGGAAAAAACACAAACAAGUCGCGAGCCGCCAUCUUGUGGCUGCAGCUGUGCUUGGCGAGCGGCGGGGUUACGGACGAGGAAGAGUCGUAUAGAAAGAAGCCGAGGUAGAAGCAGAACGAAGAAAAGAGGACAUAUAGGAGUUUAUUCUUCUAUUGGAAUAGAAGCUCGUCGUUCCGGUGCUCUAGCAAAGCUAGCGGACUGUAAAGUGUGCGAGGGACGUUUGUGAUUGUGUCGUGGUGACCUACGGUCACCGGAUGUGGUCGAAUCAGCGACGAAGAGGAGGUAGAAGCGUGGCGAGGAUUAUUCAAAAAACCAAGACAACCGGACCUAGGUAGCAGUACGGGCAAAGCCACAUUUUACAGCAUCGUGAUUUGGAGUGUAACCAUCACGCUUUAUUCUUCGGUGUCUACACCACGUAUACCCGAUCGUAUAUAACGGCAGUUUGCGCUUACUGCGCAGUUAGCGUCUCCCGCAAAAUCAGUGAGUUUGUGUUUUCUUUCGCGAGUGAUUUGUGAGUGACAUUUAAAGAGGGGGGACCGCGUCAAGACAGACUCCAUCGCAUUACUAUCUCAUUCGUGAUUCACAGAAGGAGGCUGGAAGCCCGUUUGGCGGCCUAACUUAAAAAAAGAAAAAACGGCAUAUCUGAACCAUGACCAAUUCCACACCCAAGCUCAACGACAAGGUGGAGCGACAAGGUUCGCCCAACACCGGUAGUAAACGACAUCAUCGUACCACCGGUAGUAUAAAGUCCUCGACCUACUUUUCGGGAGGAUCGCGACAUUCUCGUAAUUCUAGCGGUAGGCUGAGCUGUAGUCCACCAUGUUCGUCAAAAAAUCUAAGGAACUCUCCGUUACGUUACGAGAGUCCACGUGGAAGUCCAACGAACAGCUUCUACGCCGGUGCAAAAUUCUCGGAGCCACCCUCGCCUGCCAGUUUACCAAAACCACCCAGCCACUGGACAACCAGGCUUAUGGCGGGCUGCCACCAAUCCUCCGAGAGGAUCUGCGACAUCUCCGAUCAUCUUAAGAUGAUUCUUAACGUCCAGGCCUGAUAUCCAAUCGUCGGCGACGAUGGCGGUGGUGGCAUUGGCGACGGCGACGAUCACGACGUCGACGUUUAUAUCGACGACGAAGCCGAUGGUCACCAUUUUAUGGAGGCGAUUAAUAAGAAGACAACGGCAGCGACGGACCCACAAGUACGCCAGUACGGACUCCUCCUCUACGACGUCCAACUUCUUCUUUAGUCUGAGACGUAAUACCUCCACCACGUUAACGAGUGACGCAACGUGGAGGUAUACAGUGAGAACGUGUGAUGAUGCGUGACUGAGUGUGAAAAAGUAAGUAAGUAAGAGAGAAAGAGAUAUAUAUAUACAGAACAUUGAUAAUGCUGAUGGAAACGUGUAUACUCGGAGGAGUCUUUACGACGAGGACGACGUUCACGAGGACCUCUUGAAGCUGCCGCCGUCCAUUACGGCCGCUAAAUCGCUCGCAAUACACACGCGACACGAUAUAUAUAUAUAUAUACCAUACGUAAAUGCGUUUAACGAUUCUACUACACGCCGUGUAUAAAGAUGUAAACUUAUGUAUUUUAGAUUAUCGUAUAAUUCACACUUCUAUCCACAUAUGACACAUACGCCGCGUACAUUCAUACACUCUUAACACUGACACUUAUACAUCAACAAAAUUUAUACACUCAUAUUACAACACGAUACAACACACCACGUACACGUUCUACUAUCGUACUACCGUAACACUCGAUACGAGAGCCAGGAAAACAAAGUGGAACCUGCUGGAUUCUCUAGAGUAACGAGCGCGCGCGUUCUCUGUAGUUUCUUUCUUUCUUUCUUUUUUUUUUAAUAAUUAAAUACACCCGUUAUUAGGAUAGUUUUUCGUCGCAUCAAAACUCCUGGCGAGAAGCGCCUAUAGUUCGUAACGCCCAGUUCUACUUGCAGCUGUAACUCUUUCUCUCUUUUUUUUUUUAUUUUCCAAUGGUUACGUAUUUUUCGCUCUAUAUUUAUCUUUCUUUUUGUCACGCCGUCUAAGCUCUGCAGUAAACAAUCGUUAUAAUACGUCGUAAAAGAUCGGGGCGAGAGAUCCAAUGGGAGGCUUAUCAUGAUGAUCCAUUUUUGUCCGGUUAACCAGCCUGGCUUUUUUUUAAUAUUACUUUUAUUAUCCAACAAUGAAUACCGGCAACUAUUAACGAGAGAGACUGCCAGUGCGAGAUUUUGCGCGAGGAGUACGAUAUGCAUGGAGAGCAGAAAGAGAGGAAGAGUGAUAAUGGCUACGGAACAUAACAAAGGCGAAUAACAGGGAACAGUGCGCGCGAGAUUUGAAAAAGAGAAUCCGCUGUAUAAAAAUUGCGAGCAAAUCCGUGUUCGAGUGGCGUUUGAGGUGAACAAGGGUUUAACGUUUGGAUAUUGGGUGGCCGUUCAGAGUGGUUAUUUCCGUUCGUGGGAAGAGAGCCAGGGGAAAAAAAUUGUAUAUAACGUCGCGGAUCGACGAGGGAAUAAAAAAAAAAAAAAA